GCUUGCUCCCAAACAAGAUGGUACUGGAGAUGGAGGUCACACUGGAGAGCAUGUGCUGACGUGUGGUGUCCCCAGGGCUGGGAGCUGAUGGUGCCUUGCUCUGGCUCCAGCCUGCUGGCACCUUCCAGCUCUGCAGGGCUGGCCUCUGAUGCAGGGAGAGCCCCAACCCUUUUCAAACGGGUCUGCUUCGGAGCUUUCAUCCUUGUUUUUUGCCGAGUGACCUGUUGUGAGUCAGUCCAAGAAUGAACAAAUGUAAGAAGCCCUACUUUGAACAGACUACAAAUCUUGAAAAAUUCAGUCCUGAAAUUCUUUCUGAAGUUGAGAAGCUCUUUGCCAAGAAGUUUUCUUAUACUAAGCCAGCGAAUAAGGAAUGGCAGCUACCAGAUCCCAGUGAUGCCUUUACAUGUGAUCACAAAGAAUUCAACUCACUCCUUGCUCUGAAGUACUCGAUGAAUGAAGUGAAGAAUCAGCUGAGUGAUAAGAACCUUGAUGAAUGGCAUCAGCACACCUCACUUACCAAUAAAGCAGGGAAAAUAAUUUCUCAUGUGAAGAAAUCUGUGAAUGCUGAGCUGUGUACCCAGGCCUGGUGCAAGUUUCAUGAGAUCCUGUGCAGUUUUCCUCUUCUCCCUCCAGAAGCUCUUCAAGAGGGAGAACUGAAUUCUGUUCACCUCUGUGAAGCACCCGGCGCAUUUAUAGCCAGCCUCAAUCACUACUUGAAGUCCCACCAUAUCCAUUGUGACUGGAACUGGGUAGCUAACACUCUAAACCCAUACCAUGAAGCAAAUGACACCCUCACGAUGAUUAUGGACGACCGUCUUAUAGCAAAUACAUUGCCCUGGUGGCACUUUGGCCCAGAUAACACUGGUGAUGUGAUGACCUUGAAACAUCUGACAGGGCUUCAGAACUUUGUGAGUAAUAUGAGCACAGUUCACUUAGUAACUGCUGAUGGCAGCUUUGAUUGCCAAGGAAAUCCAGGUGAACAGGAAGCUCUCGUCUCACCCCUCCUUUACUGUGAGGCAGUCACUGCUUUAAUGAUCCUGGGUGCUGGAGGAUCCUUUGUUUUGAAGAUGUUCACCCUCUUUGAGCACUGUUCUACCAAUCUGCUCUUUCUGCUAAACUGUUGUUUUGAGGAGGUCCACGUCUUUAAGCCAGCCACAAGCAAAGCUGGGAACUCAGAGGCCUAUGUGGUUUGUCUUCGUUACAUGGGCAGAGAGAGCAUUCAUCUGCUGCUUUCUAAGAUGAUACAGAACUUUGGAACAGAAAUGGUCAACAAAGCUCUUUUUCCCCAGCAUGUGAUACCAGAAUCUUUUCUUAAAAUACAUGAAGAAUGUUGCAUGUUCUUCCACAAGUACCAGGUAGAGACCAUCUGUGAGAACAUCCAGCUCUUUGAGCGCAUGGAAGAAGCAGAGCAGACAAAACUGGACAAGUUAAGAGAUUGUGCAGUGGAGUUCUUCAUGCAGAAAUUUCAUAUGAAACCCAUUACCAGAAAUAACUGGCUUGUCAAGAAAUCUCAGACUGGUUGCAGCAUGAAUGCGAAAUGGUUUGGGCAAAGGAACAAAUAUUUUAGUACAUACAAUGAAAGGAAGAUGCUGGAAACCCUCACAUGGGAUGAUAAAGUUGCAAAGGGCUAUUUUAAUAAGUGGGCUGAAGAACAUAACUUAAACAACGCUGGUAAAAUGUGCAUCUUGGAAGGAUUGUCUGGUAACAUUAACUGUAACUUGUGGUUCAUUUUGGAAGGAAAGAGGCUACCAGUGGUUAAGUGUUCUCCAUUUUGUGAUGGUAAAGUCUUGGAAAAUCUUAAUGAAGCCAUGAAUGAAUUGGUAGUGGGGAGGCUGGAAAGCAGGCCGCUGCUGCAGCCGUGUCACUCCUGCGAGGUUCUUCCUGGGGAACUGGUAAUGGCUGAAGUGUCUGAUCUUUCCAGGUCUUAUCAGGAGGCACUAGAUGAGAAGCGUGGGGACCGAUUCAAGUGCCUUGUGGUGGACUUUCCAUCCCUUUGUGAUACUGAAAACCAAACCGGUAUGGAAAUAAAGAACCUAAAUUCGACCACACUGCUGACUUUCAGCUUCUCUUUGCUUUAUGAUGGAGCACCAAAAUACCAGCAGCGGCUUUUGGAGUGUGUUCUGCAUUCGUUGAACCAGCUUACAGUGGGAGAUGCCUUGAUUCUGCCCAUCCUUUCCAGUUUUACACGUUUCACAGCUGGCCUGCUCUUUAUACUGCAUUGUUGUUUCAGAUGCGUCACGUUCGCUUGUCCGAUGUCCCACGAGCCGCUGACAACCAGCGCUGCUUUGCUGUGUGUUGGUUACCGGGGCAUCCCCAGUCGUGUUGCUGAGUACCUGCAGCAUCUGCAUAAACUGAUGAGCUCCUUACUGGAGUCAGACUCUCCCCAGCAAGUUUUGCAGUUUGUGCCUAUGGAGUGUCUCCUCCAGGGCAAGCUGUUGGAGUUUUUGUGGGAUUUGAACACAGCCAUUGCAAAGAGACAACUCCACUUGAUUGUGCAAGCUAAGCAGCAGCAAAUCACUAGUGAUAGUUCAUUAUAAAAUAAUUGUAGAAUUGAGCAGGUUGCUGCAAGACCUCAUUUCCCAGGCAGGUGGAAGUUAAAAACAUUGUUAAUAUGAAGGUAACGUCACUGUAAGACUUUGACAGGGCGUUGGUAGUGUUGGGAGGAGGUUUUGAGCUGCCAAUCCCACUUGCACCAUACCGCCUGUCCUGCAGGAACAUGAAGUUUAAUCUCAGGUGUGGGGGACUUGGGUGGGACAGGGAUUGAAGUGAGAAGCUUUCUUCUGUCACAGCUCCCUUCAGUGUUCCUAGCUGACCGUAGCCUUUGUGAGGAGGGGUGGGGUGGUGCUUUAUUUCUUGCUUCUGGCCAGGCCCUGCUGGACCCGGUUGGCUGACGUUAUCCCUCUUCUGUUGGACAAAACAUGGGAGUUCUGCCCCCAGGGUUUGGGGAAGCUGAUGCUUGGGCUACAAUGCCCAGCAGUCUGCAGGCCCGAUGCACGUCUGGAGGGCUCAGUGUCUCGUGAGCAGGCAGCUGGCUCACAGAGACUGGGUUUAAAAACAGCUGUCUUUGAGGUGUCCAGGGGAAGAUGCUCCUUGAUUUUAAUUUUGUGCAUGCGAAGAGCAUGCUGUGUGGCUUCUGACAGGUGAUUGUAUGGCCUUGUCUCCCCGCCCCAUCAAUGAAUGGGCUGUUAUAAUUUUAUUUUUAAGUUUAUGGGCUCCUCCUUAAAAUAAUUUGACACUCCUGAGUAAAAGUGAAGACUUGCAUCUGCCUGCAGUAGCAGCUAUUAAUGAGGAACUGUAAAUGGUUUUCAGGCGAAAAGCAUGGUCGUGUGCAGCGUUGUGUGCCAAGAAAUGCUUUGGGGAGUGCUGGAGGAGUGUUAAGCUGAAGAAAUAUGUGAUACUUUCUUUGGGAAAGUAUGAUUAAGAUUUAAUUUGGUUCUCCUUAGGGAUAAAAAUGAUGAAAUUGCUGACUGUUCCUUUAAGGGAGUCGAAUUUUAUUUUCUAUAUUGCUCCUUUGAGAGUUAAUUCUGAGACCUAACGCGUGUGUAUUAACGUUUAGCUUUAUGUUUGUAGUUUACAUGGAAAAAUCUGCUCGGAGGGAGGAAUGAAGUUUAAGGAGAAAAAUGAUUUGCUACUGAUAGUGCAAGAUCUUGUAGGAAAAGGUUGAAAGCGCAGAGUUAGAAGGAAAAUGGUCUUCUGAUUAAUUACCAGUCACCUUCUGGAAGCACUUCUAAUUAUGUGAUGUAGGAGUUUGAAGGAUAAUUGAUUACUGGUAAGGAUUAAAAGCACUGCUGAAAAACUGUUUUGUCUGGAGGUGCUGCACAUUUAUUAAGCUUUUUUUUGCCACAUUGAUUGGGGCAGAAUUUAAUGCGUUUAACAGUUCAUUUUUUAUUUAAGAAUUUGAUAGGUGAAUGAGCUGGUGGCUCAGGUCUGACAAAUUGACAACAUUUUCUAAAAAUCUUGCUUUUUACAGCUGCACGUAAAUAGAAUCAGAAGUCUUCCUAACAAAAGCUGCUGGGAUUGGCCACUAUCCUUUUUCUUUUAUUUAAAUGAGCUUGCUUUUCUCGCUGUGAGCUGAGUCACGCUUCCUCCCUCCGACCAGGAAGGUAGGGUUUGAGGCUAACAUUGGGAGACAAUGCAGUAAGAGCUUCUCCUCUAAACACCAAGUGCAAGCAGAUGAAUGGGUUUAAAAAAAAUACUGAAAACUAAAAAUAGGAAAGGAGGGAGAAAUAUUCUAGAAGAAUGGAUGACAAGGCAGGAUCAAAGACCACCUGUAAAAGCCUUCUUUAUCAGAGUCAAAAAGCAGGAUAAAGGCAUUGUCCACCAGGCACCCCUCUGUCUCUGCCACUGUUUCAGAGGUGAUUUAUGCCUCAAAAUCCCCCUGAACUGAAGCAUUUGUGAAGACUUCUGUUAAAGCAGGGGCAAAUGAGAUUUCAAGUGCAUGAAAAAAAAACCACAUUUAUCUACUGGAUGAGACGCUCGUGCUACCCAUGCCUCCGUGGCAGAAUAUGACAAUGUAAGUGUCUCAUCCAGUAGAUAAAUAUAUUUUUUUUGCUAAUAUUAGUCUGGCACUUAAACUUUUUUAUAGGUAAAAUAAAAUCUUGAGGCGGCAGACACUGUGAGUGAACACAUUUUCAAACUUUCUUCUGUUUGUUUUGUACAUCUGACGAACUAUGCAGAUGUCCUUGAGAUUCUUCCCAUCCCAUAUCAUUUUGCCUCCCUUUCUUCCUGAAUCUUUAGGAUGAAGCAUUUUAGAUGGUCACAGAAGUUUGGGGGAAUUAGGACUAUGAACUUCAAGAUACAGACUUCUAGACUGAGCUACUGGGGGAACUUUAUCCAUUUGCUUGGAAGUACCAAAAAGGUGUUCAAGCCCUACUUUGGAAAAAACAGAUCUCUAAAAUACUUGAGAUCCAGUGCCAUGCAGAUCCUGAUGCAUGACUUGCUCUGGAAUUGUUUGUUGGCAGAUGACUGGAGUUGAUGGGAGAAAUGCGUUGACAGCAGCUGCCCCUUCUGUUAAAAGAUGUGGCUUGCAAAGGUUUUUUUGUUGUCCCAGUGGCAGAGGUUUCAAAGGUAGGAAUGACGCUUGUCCUUUUAAUUGUAAAAGUCCUGCAUUGUCCUAGCUGUCCUUAGAUCAAAGAUUUAUUGGAGGAAAGUGACACUUAAUUUCUGUUGUGACUUUUGGAAUAUGGCAGAAUGUAUUAACCUUUGCGGAAAGGGUCUGAUAGCUCCCGCUUUCGUUGACGGUGUCAGUUCCUUUGGCCAAUUUGAUUUGGUUUUGGGUGAUAGCUGAUGAAGUGUCUGUGUCCUGGCUGAUUCUGAGCUGUCUUUUUUAACCUAUUUGAAGACAGGCUGCUGGGUAUCAGUUCUUACUUCCCAGAGCUUCAUGUUUCAUGCAGAGAUGAUGUUGGGGGGGAAAAAAUAAGGUGGCUGUGAGGCAAUCAAGAUGCCCACAAGCUUGAAGCAAAUUUGGUUUUGUAGCCCUGCUGCUGCAUGUUUCCAAUGGAGGACUGAUACCUGUGCCCACUGCUGAGCAACGAGCUCCGUUUUCUUUCCUGAAUCUCGUCUCUUUCAUUUUAAGCUAACAUUUGACAUAAAUAGUCGCAUGGGGAUUGAAUGAAUUAGGUACUUCAAGUAAAAAUAUUGGUAUUUCUUUUUAGUUGAAUUCUGUUAAAGUUUAGAGACUUGCCAGUUAUUUUUACUGAUUUUUAUAUUGUAUGUGGAUUAAUUUGGAUGUGCACAGAUUGUGUGUUCUUGCCACGGGCUUUCCAAUUUAGUUUCUACAAAAUAUAAUGAGAUUUAUAGUAGUAGUCUAUUAAAACAGUGCUAAUUGGUGUCUAUUUAUCUUAAUUUAAGCUGAUCUAUCAAAUUAUUACUGGUAAAAGUAGAAUAUUUAGCAGCAUUGUAGGCUAUUAGAAGCACAACUUGGGAUUUAACAGGAGGGGCUUAAUACUGCCUGAGUAGGAAGUGGGAGAAAAGGGGAAGAAAAACCAACAAGCCCCACACCUUGAUUUCUGACCACUUUAAUAGAAAAAUACUGGUGCCUUGAUUCAUGGCAAACAAAGGCUGACCAUUAAGCUGAAGCCUCAGCCUUACUGCCUCCUGUUACUAUACCUAAAAAAAAACUUUUUGACAUCUGUUUAACUUAGAUGAUUUUCAGCAUGUUAAUUCUUAAUGGUGAAGUGGGGGAAAUCCUGUGUUAAUUUGUCUUACCAUUUUAGGUGGUGUUAAAUGGUUUUGUUAUCAGUACUCAUCCCCAUUUCUUAAUUUUAAACAAAAGCCUCCAUUUCAGCUGUAGCCUUUGAAUGUCUCUUAUUUUUUAGCACUUUCAAGACAGGGAGAUUAACACUGCCUUGCCAAAGUCUGGUAAUGUUUUUCCAUCUUUCUUGCAAGUAUUUUCGUGAAUGCCAUACUGAUAUCCUUAGUCCCAGUUCUUUGUGUUUUAUUCACCUGACAGAAAGAUCAAACAGAGCUGUUUAUGCCAGAAACACACUCAGCCCGUGGCUGUUCAUUUCUUACUCUUUAGGGACUAAUUUGGAUUGCCAUCGAGCCUUCCCGUGUGACUCCUAUGGGUCCAGAGCUUAUUUCAAGUCUGAAGACUGAAAUUUGCUAAAAAGAAUUAGCUGGUAGCUGUAGAGACUUCGAAAAAGCAGAACCUUUAAGAGACAUUUAGAUGUAGGACUUUUUCCCACCAGCAAGAAGAGGCCUUUCCUUGCUAAAAAUUAUUUUAAAAAGAGCUACUUUGAGGUAUAACCGCCUGAGCAAGGAGUUCACCAGUUGUGUGCUGCCUUUCCUGUGUGCACACAGGUGCAUUCCUGUUGGCACGAGUGGAAACCCCCAGGAUCGUACAGUGGGGGAGAAUUUGCUUUGUAAUUCCUCAAUGUGUGCUUUUGGUUUGAAGGAUGUAUAUAUUUUCUUGAAGUAGAUUAAGGGAUGUUGGUGUACGUGAUUAUUGCAUAUUUUCAUUUGGUCUGAGAAUGUGUGUUAAAAGACCUCUUUUUAAAUGGAAAAUUUAUGUGGAGAAAAUAAAACAUUUUAUUUUGGAUUAAG